ACGCUUAGUCUUUCGUUGAACAGUGUUGGUUCUGGAGGCAAAAAUGUCGCUCUUGUCUUUAGAAACGCUUGUGGCACUUCUGGCCCUUAUUGGUGGCCUAGUGUACUACGUCACAAGGAAGCAAUCCUACUGGAAGGAUCGUAAGAUACCUCAUCCAAGUCCAACCUUCUUUCUCGGCAGCUUUAAGGAUGCCGGCAUGAAGAAGCACUUUUCGGAAUAUCUCGAUGAGUAUUAUCGUGCGUUCAAAGGCAACCAUCCGUUUGUGGGCGUGUACAUGUUGAUAUCACCUGUUGUGCUACCUACCGAUCUGGACCUGGUGAAAUCAAUCUUAGUGAAGGACUUUCAAUAUUUUCACGAUCGUGGCACUUACUACAAUGAGAAGCAUGAUCCACUGACAACUCAUCUGUUCAACUUGGAGGGUCAAAAGUGGAAAAACCUAAGGAACAAGCUAACACCAACGUUCACAUCUGGCAGGAUGAAGAUGAUGUUUCCAACGAUCGUUGAGGCUGGAAAACAGCUCAAAAGCUUCAUGGAAGAAAAUGCGGAGCAUCAGAGCGAGCUGGAGCUGAAAGAUAUCAUGGCGCGAUUCACGACGGAUGUGAUCAGAACGUGUGCGUUCGGUAUCGAGUGUAACAGUAUGCGUGAUCCUAACGCGGAGUUCCGAGCGAUGGGCAAACUGUUUGUGGAACGACCGCCGUCGAAUCUGGUGAACAUAAUGGUGCAGUUUUCUCAUAAGCUAAGCCGAAAGUUGGGUGUGAGGUUUAUCGAUAAGGAAGUUUCAGACUUCUUCCUGCAGGUGGUUAAGGACACGAUCGACUAUCGGGUGAAGAAUGGCAUACAGCGGAAUGACUUCAUGGACCUGAUGACUCGGAUGCAUAGGAACACAGACAAUUCUGAGGAAUCGCUCACAUUCAACGAGGUAGCUGCACAAGUUUUCGUUUUCUUCUUCGCUGGAUUUGAAACGUCCUCCACACUGCUUGCAUUGUCGUUGUAUGAACUGGCCCUGAAUCCUGAAGUACAGGAGAAGGGUCGUCAGUGCGUAAUGGAGGUUCUGGAGAAGCACAACGGCGAGAUGACUUACGAGGCAGUCAUGGAAAUGAAAUAUUUGGAUCAGAUCUUGAAGGAGGCCUUACGUAAAUAUCCACCACUGCCCAUACACAUCCGUGUGGCAACACAGGACUAUCCCGUACCGAACACGGGCUCCGUGAUCGAAGCCGGCACUAUGGUGCUGGUCCCGAUCUUCGCCAUUCAACGUGAUCCUAAUCUGUUUCCCGAGCCGGAAAAGUUCGACCCAGAUCGAUUCAGCCCUGAGGAGGAAGCUAAGCGUCAUCCGUGUGCCUGGACACCGUUUGGUGAUGGUCCGAGAGUGUGCAUUGGACUGAGGUUCGGGAUGAUGCAGGCACGGAUCGGAUUGGCAAAUCUGUUACAGAGCUUGAGCUUCGCUCCGUGCGAAAAAACCUCGAUACCGGUGAAGUUUGUGACGAACAACAUUAUCCUUUCGCCGAAUGAUGGUUUGUGGUUGAAGGUGAACAAGCUUUGAAAGUUACCAAGUCGGUUAUGGUUAUGUUUUGAAGAUUCGUUUACGAACUACAAAUGCAUUAGCGGUCUUUACUUACUUUUA